AUGUUGUGUAUCACCCUUGAGCUUGCAACUUGCCGACCCGGUAGAGAUUCUGGUGAGGAUGAUCACCGUCGUCCGCCGAUCAGAGGCCGACCAGAUCAGGUGCACCAUGGCGAUUUUGGCGGCGAUAGCAACUGGGAUCUGGAGCAAGUGGUUCGAUACAUUUGUCGAUGGGAGGCUGCUAACAGUACAAACAGCCAAACACUGUUGAAUGUGAUUGUUCAAUAUCUGACGCGCCUCCAGUCGAACGGUACCUAUCAGCCACUAUUGUCAAAAUACAACCAGACAGUUGCUUAUGUUCAAAAUGCGACAAAUCAGGCACUAUUCCUGAGCAAUUGUACACAAUUCUUUCAAGGACUGAAAGGAGCAUUCACACAAGACAAACAAAGACAGGAACAAAUUGAACAGCUAGCUAGCAGUGUGAAACUGCAAGUGAUGCAACUAUUAAUUGACACAUUCAACGGCAUCAUUCAACCAUCACCAUCAUCGGUGACACCGACGAGUCCAGGGUCAUCACAAUUAAUGACAACAGCAGCCGUUGUAGGCUAG